AUGGCGCCUAGAAAAAGAAAUUUGCAUCAAUGGAAACAUCCAUUCAAUGAUGAUUAUCCAUUUGAAGUAGUAUUGAAUGGCUCAUGGCAACCGGUAGAACUCAUAAAAAUUGAGUCAGGAAUAACUACCUUACAUUUCAUGGAUACUCAACAAAUUCAGAGCCCUUUGUCAUCAGAUAUUCGUAUAAAAUCAAGAAAAGCUACUUCAUCAGAUUGCUCCAACUUUUUAAGACCUCGAAUUGACAUAUCAAUGCUAUUAGGGUAUUGCUACAAAGAUAAUCCAGAUCAAUUUGGUCCUAUUCCAAUAUGGAUGGAUGCAAGAAUAAAUUCUAUACAUAGACAACCUCACGAAUCUGAUCAAUGUUCGUGCCAAUUUUUUGUAAACUUCUAUGAUGAUCAAGGUUCACUUGGUACAGAGUUAAAAACUCUUGAUAAAGUGAUUAAUGCAAUUGGAAUAGAUCAAAUUUUCAUCCUCCAAAGGCUUCAACAUAAUACCUGUGACGGCUUGUUAAAAAAGAAUAACGGUAUUGAAGUUAAGCCCUAUAGAUGGGAUUCAUCAGAAGAUUGUUCUUCACUAUCACAAUCUAGAUUACUCUUUGGAAAAUUUUUAGCCGAUCUUUCGUGGUUUGUUACUACAUCUUUUUUAAAGAAGGUUUCAUUUCGGAUAAGGUCUGCUCAAAACAAGAUUGUGUACCAAGUUAAGGGAAAUGAUACUGAUAUUGUUAGUCCUUUUCUUAUAGAUGUUGUGAACUUCAAAUCAAAAGACGGAUCAAUAGUACCAAUUGUUUGUGAAUUUGAUUUGUUUCAUGAUUAUGAUGGUAAAGAAGAUGAAGCGUCAUCAGUUCUGUCUAAUGAAAUGGAAGUCUUACGUCGUUCAAGACGUAGGACUGUACAACCCAAACGUUAUGUAGGUUGUGAUGUUGAGAAGUUGGAGGUGGGAAAUUUUCGAACGUGGCCGUAUAAAAGACCAACUUAUGUGACAGAUGAUGAAAACUCUUCAGAUUCAGAAGAGGAUGAUGGAAAAAGUGAUAAAAACUCUUCCAAAAAUGAUCAUUUGACUACGAAUGAUGCUGAUGAGUUGAAUUUGGACCCUUGUAGUAUUCAGACUACCAUGUCAAAUAUUAAUGAUGUAGAAGUUGAUGAUAGAGUUUCUUUGGGGGAUUUUUAUAGUUUCGGUAAAGAGAUUCUUAAGAGGAAGCGAUUCCAUGGUUCAGAUGAUAUGGAUUAUGAAAACAAAUGGGAAGGGAUACAUUUCAAAAAAGGAGCUCAAACGAAAAGAUAUCAUUCCAUUUUUACAAGUAGAGAACAUCUUCAUGAAGAACAAGAUCAUAAAGGCGAUAGACCGUUAAAUGUUGAUGUCUGCAAGGAAAUGAUAGAUACUUACAUGAAGAAUUUUCAUAGUCUACCAACGGAAGACGAGCCAACUAUUAAUGAAGAAACAAACAAGUUGGAGCAGAAGUUUGAAAAAAAUGUAUCGAAAAUCGAGGAUGAGGAAGAAAAUCCUGAUGAUUUGGCUGGCUUGUGGGAAGAAAUGGAUUCAGCUUUGAUAUCAAGUAAUCUUCUUGAUGGAACUGAGGGUUCAAAUGCGGAGGUUUUAGUUGAUUCCAAUAAAGAAUCCACAGAGAUUUGUGAACAUGAUUAUAAAUUGGAUGAAGAAAUUGGAAUAUACUGCCUUCAAUGUGGCUUUGUGAAAACUGAGAUACGACACAUUUCUGAGCACGUUAUGGAAAGUCCAAGACGGUACAGAGAGGCGAAACAAUGCAUUGAAGAAGAUAAGGAACAUAAAUCAGAGCAAAAAGUUGAUGAAGAUGUUAAUAGUGAUUUGUUCUCAACUCAUGCUACUGAUCCUGAUGAACCAAUAUCUAUAGAAAAUGACAGUGUUUGGGAAUUGAUUCCAGAACUUGAAAAAAAAAUGCAUGCACACCAGAAAAAGGCUUUUGAAUUUCUUUGGCAAAACAUUUCUGGCUCUAUGGAACCAUCACUCAUGAAGGAAAAAUCGAAAACAAAUGGUGGUUGUGUUAUAUCACAUGCUCCUGGAGCUGGAAAAACCUUUCUCAUUAUUUCUUUUCUUGUAAGUUACUUGAAGUUAUUUCCAGGGAAGAGACCAUUAGUCCUUGCUCCAAAAACCACACUCUACACAUGGCGCAAAGAGUUCAAAAAAUGGAAGGCUCCUAUACCGGUGUAUCUUAUCCAUGGCCGUCGAACUUGGAAAGGUUCAACAACACAAAAAUCAAUGGUUCUUCCUGGCAUUCCAAGACCUUCCAGUAAUGUCAAACAUGUUAUAGAUUGUCUUAGCAAGAUUCAAAAAUGGAAUUCACACCCUAGUGUUCUUGUCAUGGGUUAUUCUUCAUUUUUAACAUUAAUGAGAUCAGAAGAUACAAAAUUUGCACACCGAAAAUACAUGGUUAAAGCAUUGAAAGAAAGCCCUGGAAUCUUGAUACUUGACGAAGGACACAAUCCUAGAAGCACUAAAUCAAGAUUGAGGAAAUGUUUAAUGAAACUUCCAACAGAAUUGAGGAUAUUACUUUCUGGUACAUUGUUUCAGAACAAUUUCUGUGAAUAUUUCAACACACUUUGUUUAGCUAGACCGAAAUUUGUCCAUGAAGUUCUACAAGAGCUAGAUUCUAAAUAUCGAAGGAGAGACAAGGUAGCGAAGAAAGCACGACAUUUGCUCGAGGCGCGGGCGAGGAAAUUCUUCUUGGACAACAUUGAAAAGAAAGUUAACUCAGACUUUGAUGAGGAGAGGAUGCAGGGUCUAUAUGUGCUGAAAAAAAUUACUUCAGGUUUUAUCGAUGUUUACGACAGUGGAAAUUCUUCUGAUACUCUUCCUGGUUUACAAAUCUAUACAUUGCUCAUGAAUACAUCCGAUGAACAACAUGAGAUUAUACAGAAACUUCAGAAGAAAAUGGCCGAGUGCACGGGUUACCCUCUUGAAGUUGAGCUUUUGAUAACACUUGCAUCGAUACAUCCAUGGCUGAUCAAAACAGCAGCAGCAUGUGCAGCUAAAUUUUUCGCCGAGGAAGAAUUUGAGAAACUAGAAGAAUUGAAGUUUGAUUUGAGAAAAGGUUCGAAAGUGAGAUUUGUUCUGAGCCUAGUCUCACGUGUAGUGAAAAAGGAAAAGGUUCUUAUCUUUUGUCACAACCUUGCACCAGUGAGGUUUUUUAUAGAGUUAUUUGAAAAGUAUUUUCAGUGGCAAAAUGGUAAAGAGAUUCUUUUACUGACCGGUGAACAAGAUUUAUUUGAAAGAGGUAAAGUGAUAGAUAAAUUUGAAGAUCCUCGCGGCAAUUCGAAGAUACUUCUUGCUUCAAUCAAUGCUUGUGCUGAAGGGAUUAGUUUAACAGCAGCUUCUAGAGUGAUUUUUUUGGAUUCUGAGUGGAAUCCUUCAAAAACAAAGCAAGCUAUUGCGCGCGCUUUUCGUCCAGGUCAGCAGAAAAUGGUUUAUGUGUAUCAGUUAUUGAUGAGCGGGUCGAUGGAGGAAGAUAAGCAUAGAAGAACUAGUUGGAAAGAGUGGGUUUCUUGCAUGAUUUUCAGUGAGGAAUUUGUGGAAGAUCCUUCUAAAUGGCAAGCAGAGAAGAUUGAAGAUAAUAUACUUAGGGAGAUGGUUGAAGAGGAUAAGUCUAAAGCUAUUCAUAUGAUUUUGAAGAAAGAAAAGGAUUCAACAAGCAAAUCAAAGAUCACUGUUUAG